UGGGAUUCACACAAUCAAACAGCGCGUCAUAUAAAACAACCAAUCAGAGAGCAGAAACCAGUUUAUACGGAAUAAAUAUCCCGCCCCUUUUCAACGUGUCAACACUGCCGUAAAACGUGCAGUGACUGUCGCACAGCACACCUUGUAUCUAGUGUACUGAACUGUUCUUUUAAUACAUUCAUGGUAUUACCUGUUAGCUAGGAGGCGCGGCAACGGAAAAUAAAAACGAUUAAUAUGUCGUUAUUAUGUCUGUUGUGAUGAUCAGAAGAUGGACUUCAGCAUGACUGUUUUGGUGACUGGAGGCUCUGGAUUCAUUGGCUCCCAUCUUGUGUGUUCGCUGGUCAACAGACACCCUGACUGGAGGAUUAUCAACCUGGAUGAUCUGGAUUACUGCUGCAGCCCUAAGAGUCUGGAGAGUGUUGAAGACAGAGCGAACUACACCUUUAUCAAGGGGGAUGUGUGUAACUCACAGCUGGUAAAUCACAUUUUAAACACAGAAAACAUCGACGUGAUCUUUCACCUUGCCGCCAAAACACACGUCGAGUCCUCAUUUGAAACUCCGUCUAGCUUCCAGCGUGUUAACAUCGAUGGGACCAGAGUUUUACUGGGAGCCGCCCAUCAGGCGCGACACCAGCUGCAGCGCUUCAUCUACGUCAGCACUGAUGAAGUGUACGGAGCCAGCGUGGAUCAGGUGUUUGAUGAAAGCAGCCCGGUGAGGCCCUCCAACCCGUACUCUGCUACUAAAGCGGCUGCAGAGUACCUGGUCAGAUCCUACUGGGACAAAUAUAAGCUUCCCAUCAUCAUUACCAGGAGCAACAACAUCUACGGGCCGAGGCAGUUCACCGAGAAGGUUAUUCCGAGGUUUCUCACCCUCUUGCAAAUGAACAGGAAAUGCACCAUCCAGGGAACCCUCCCUAAAUCCCGCCAUUUCCUGUUUGUCGAUGACGCCAUCAACGCUUUCUGGCUUGUUCUGGAGAAAGGGAUUGUGGGGGAAAUCUACAAUGUGGGAACAGGCUGUGAGAUUCCCAUCAUGCAACUGGCCAGGGAACUUGUUAAGAUGGUGAAGAAUGUGCCGGACUCUGAGGUGAACGAAUGGCUCGAGUUCGUGCCCGACAGGCCGUGUGUCGACCUGCGCUACCCCAUCAAAUGUGAGAAGCUGCAGCAGCUGGGCUGGAGAGCGGAGGUUUCCUGGGCUGAAGGGAUCAGACAGACUGUGAAAUGGUACCAAGACAAUCCAGACUUCUGGUCUGACGCAAGCGAGGACCAAGAAGAAAUCAGGAUCCAUGUAAAUAAAGACAGCGGCAAAGCGGUGGGCUCACCUGUGCCCUGCUGCUUGACUGACGGGACGCAGAGAGACGCCGAGCAGUGACCUUUCUUCUACAAACUAAUCAUUUCAAACGACUGAUUAACGUCAACAAACAAAUACUGAAGACAUGAGCACACGUCGGUCUCGCUGUACAGAAUAGUUUAUUAUUCUCAAUUGUUUCUAAAUGAUUGUUGGACCAACAGGACCUGAAGUGCCUGACAACAGGAAGCCUCCCUUUAACCAAAGCAACGUUUCCCCUGGAAAUGAAGGCACUUUAUUUAGAUAUUAAUUACAGAUUCAGCUGCUGUUAACAAGCAUCAAACGUGUGACAGUUCCUGAAUGUAUGGUGACACUUUUUGAAUGAAUUGUGAACUUCACACGGUGCGUUUAAGGCUGUAAAUCAGUGACUGAAUUGGGGGAAAAGAUUGAUUGAACAGGUAGCUUGUAAAUCCAAUGACCGCAUACUGUAGUGGUGGUGCGUUCAAAACAGGGGACACAAGUUUUACAUGUACUGAAGGUCACUCAGGAAACUCAGGACGCCAGCGCUGCCAACAUUCAGCAAAGUUAGGUAGCAAGUUGUAGCAACUGUAGGUGCAACUUUAGUCACUUUUUAAUUUAAAAGAUAUUUCUAUUUUGUAAACGCAGUCGCCUUAUAAUGAAAGGAUGAGAAGGGAACUCAGUCUUUGUUUAUACACAUUCUAAAGAGUAUUUUAUACAAUGAUGUAAACUGUAUUUAACUGCAAAUAAACGUGAUUAUUAAUAACUUCAAGGUGCUUUUCUCAAACAUCUAAAAUACAACACUUUUAAAAGACACAGAAGAAGAAGAAGUCAAAACCAUGUUUACAUUUGCAAAUCCAAACCUUUAUUUGUGGUAAAAUCAGAAUAGAUGCACAAUUAUUUUUUUCUCUUCGUGCAGUGCUCCUCUUCGUGCACAACUGCUAAACUAAUACAUAAAGCAAAUCCUACCUACCAGGCCGGAGGUGCCGUGUGUCCACAUUGAGGGGUCUGGCCAGUCAGUAAUGAUGACAACACUGAGCUUUAUCUCAUUUCAAUUCAGUCACUAAACAGCAAUCAUUCCUAAAUACAUCUACACGCUUUUUAUUUUUUUGUAAUAACCCUCUAAUGUUUAUUGAAUUGAAAGUAAAAAAUAAAGCUGCACGGUGUUGCAUUUGUUUGGUGUCCCCACCUUGUUUUCCAGAAGAGCCCAAACUUAUUGUCGCAAAAUGUUUUGUUUAUGCAUACAAAAGGCGGUUAGUCGCUUUGCUUGGGCCGCAUUGCAUUCUGGUCCAUUGAGGCUGUAACUGCAGAAUGUCAUUCUCAUGUGAGAGCUGGAUGAAGACUCACGGAUCAGCUACAAGUUGCAAUAAAAAUUCAUGUAAAAGACACCUGGAUGGACGUCAUCAGGUCAUAGUUUCCCCAUUUCUGACUGGCCAGAAGCUCCCCACAUGAGCAUCAACACA